AUGCGGGCCUCUAUCCUAUCCUUUUGCGCAUUAAGCGCCUCAUUAAUCAACGCCUCUCCACUUGCACUCGGGUGCUAUGACGAGUCCGCCUUCGCGCCGGAAGACAUCAUCCAGCGCGAUGUUCUCGUCGUCGGAGGUGGCGCCACGGGAACUUACGCCGCUGUUCGUCUUCGGGAUCAGAACAAGACCGUCGCGGUUGUCGAGCGCUCCGAUAAGCUCGGCGGGCAUGUAAACACCUUCCGAGACCCCGCCACCGGAGCACCUAUCGACUACGGCGUGCAAGCGUACAUCCAGAAUGAUCAGACUACGCAGUUCUUUGAGCGUUUCGGCGUCGCACUGAACGCCUCUGCCCUGUCUCCGUUCCCAAGUCAGAUCGUCGACUUCAAGACUGGCUUCGCCAUUCCGAACGCCACUGCUGUUGACCCUAAUCAGCUGGUUGGGCCCCUGGCGAACUACUUGUUCGCCGCUUUGAACUUCGACUUCUUGGCCGAGGGUGCUUAUGACAUUCCCGAGUCUGUUCCGGAGGACCUGCUGUUGCCCUUCGGUCAAUUCGUCGCCAAGUACAACCUGACGGAGGUCGUGCAAGUCGUUUGGAUCUUUGCCCACGGAGUCGGCAACCUCUUGGAGACGCCGACUCUGUAUGUCCUCCAGAACUUCGGCCAGCCUCAUCUCCUCGGCCUCUCAGCUGGCUACUUGUACGCCCCCGGCGGCAACCAACAAGUCUACGACAAGGCUGGAGAGUUCCUUGGAAACGAUGUGCUCUACUCCAGUACCGUCGUUGCAUCUGAGCGCUCUGAUGACGGAGUCAAGGCUGUUGUUAGGACUGCCACUGGCCGCAAGCUCAUCAAGGCCAAGAAGCUUCUCGUUACCAUCCCGCCGACGACCCAGAACCUGAAGCCCUUUGACCUGGAUGAGUCCGAGACUUCGGUCUUCAGCCAGUGGCAGAACAUCCCCUACUACGUCGGAGUCGUCUCCAACAGUGGCCUGCCUUCUUUGACAAACUUCCUCAACGUCGAUGUCACCGCCCCUGCUUUCUUGCCCCAGAAGCCGUUCGUCUGGCGUCUCGAGACUGUUGGCGUGCCGGGCUACCAGACCGUGAAGGUCAUCGGCGAGGCUGACUCUGCCAAGGCUCAGGGACUCGUCACCGACGCUGUCAGCCGUAUCAGUGCGUCCGUCAACGGGUCCGCAUCGACCGUCGCAGAGUUCAGCGCUUGGGAGGAGCACGUAAACCUGCAGCUCCACGUUUCCCCGGAUGCCAUCAAGGCCGGCUUUUACAAGAACCUCUACGCUCUUCAGGGUAAGAGAAGCACUUACUACACUGGUAACGCCUGGUGCUCCGAUUACUCGCCUCUGCUUUGGGCUUUCACUGAGAAGAGAGUGCUGCCGUCGUUGUAG